CGCUGCAGCCCCGCGUCCAGCGUUUACGUCCCACCGCCGUCGUCACCAUGCCCAAGAGAAAGGCUGAAGGGGAUGCUAAAGGAGAUAAAGCCAAGGUGAAGGAUGAGCCACAGAGAAGAUCUGCAAGGUUAUCUGCUAAACCUGCUCCUCCAAAGCCAGAGCCGAAGCCUAAAAAGGCCCCUGCAAAGAAGGGAGAGAAGGUACCCAAAGGGAAAAAGGGGAAAGCUGAUGCUGGCAAGGAUGGGAAUAACCCUGCAGAAAACGGAGAUGCCGAAACAGACCAGGCACAGAAAGCUGAAGGUGCCGGAGAUGCCAAGUGA